AUGAUCUUUAAGAGAUUCAAUUCCGCUGCGGCUGCGGGCACACUCAAGAAAACCGCAUUGUACGAUCUACAUGUUAAGCUUGGUGGAACUAUGGUCCCUUACGCUGGGUAUGCAAUGCCCGUGAAGUACCCUCAACAGACACACAUAGAGUCCCACAAUUGGACGCGGUCUCACGCGGGUCUUUUCGACGUUUCUCACAUGCUUCAAAGUAAGUUAAAGGGCGCAGAAGCGACUAAAUUCCUGCACAAAAUUACGCCCACAGACUUUCAGAAUUUGCCUGCUGGCCAGGGUACACUUUCGGUUUUGUUGAACGAAAAGGGCGGCGUCGUGGACGACACUUUGAUCACCAAGAUCAACGAAAACGAGUUUGCCAUUGUUACCAACGCAGGGUGUAUCGAUCAGGAUGUGGCAUUUCUAAAGUCUCAAAUUCAAGGUUUCGACUGUCAGUGGGAGCCGGUCCAAGAAAGGGCACUUCUGGCGCUACAGGGCCCAGAGGCCAAAAACGUGCUGGGUGCCCUUGUUAGUAGCGGACCAGGGGGUCUCAAAGACCUGUACUUUGGCCAGCGUAGGUCCUACAAGGUUCUUGGCGGUUUCGACGUCGACGUGGCCCGUUCCGGAUACACUGGUGAAGAUGGAUUUGAGAUUUCGGUUGCCAACAAAAACGCGAUGGAACUGGCCACUCAGUUUUUGGAAAACCCAGUGGUGCGCUCCAUUGGGCUCGCCGCUAGAGACAGCUUACGUCUAGAGGCCGGGAUGUGUCUGUAUGGCCACGAACUGAACGAAACCAUCACGCCUGUGGAAGCGUCGCUCACGUGGCUGGUCUCGAAGAGUCGCAGAGACGGGUCUUUGGGUCCCAAAUUCAACGGUUUUGACCGCAUCGUGGACCAAAUCAACAACAAGUCUGCCACAAAGGCCCGCGUGGGUUUCAAAUACCUGGGACGCGGGCCUGCUGCUCGCCAGGACGCCCAGAUUUUCACCGCUGACGGCGAAAAAUUGGUCGGAGCUGUUUCCUCGGGGAGUGCAUCUCCCUCGCUAGGCGGCAUCAACAUCGGCCAGGCCUACGUGGAGAAGCUAUACCGAAAGGCCGGCACCCAGCUCAUUGUGAGCGUGCGUGGCAAGAAGUUGCCCAUCGAGAUUGCACGUAUGCCGUUGACAACGAGCCAUUUCUACAAGCCCGAGUAA